AUGCGCGGUUACCGCCUCUCCCUCAGAACCGAACGGUUACCGCCUCUCAUUUUGAACCGCACGGUUACCGCCUCUCCUUCUGAACCGCACGGUUACCGCUUCCCCUUCUCAACCGCGCGGUUACCGCUUCUUCUUCUGAACCGCACGGUUACCGCUUCUCCUUCUGAACCGCCUCUCCUUCUGAACUGCACGGUUACCGCUUCUCCUUCUGAACCGCCUCUCCUUUUGAACUGCACGGUUACCGCUUCUCCUUCUGAACCGCCUCUCCUUCUGAACCGCACGCCUCUCCUUCUGAACCGCACGGUUACCGCUUUUCCUUCUGAACAGCCUCUCCUUCUGAACCGCACGGUUACCGCUUUUCCUUCUGAACAGCCUCUCCUUCUGAACCGCACGGUUACCGCUUUUCCUUCUGAACCGCCUCUCCUUCUGAACCGCACGGUUACCGCUUCUCCUUCUGAACCGUCUCUCAUUCUGAACCGCACGGUUACCGCUUAUCUUUCUGAACCGCACGGUUAUCUCCUCUCUUUCCAGCCUGCUCGGUUUCCGUAA